AUGGCGUCUCGACUUCGGUCAGUCUCGAAGCCCGCUUUCUCUCUGCUCCAGUCAACCAUGAGGAAGCGCAGCAGUAUACCGCUUCCUAAUCUUCAUCCUCGCGGUUCUCCAUCCUUUUCUAGGCUAGCCCCUCUCUCUCUGUCACGCACACGUACGCGUUGCCUCUCAUAGCUGCCUCUUGUCUCGCAUCUGAUAUCGUUUAUCCAUUUCUCUUUUCUUCUGUCAAAAUAGUGUACCGCGCGAGAUUUGUUCUCUGCAAUCUCUCCUGCCGUUCCACAGUGCGGUGUCCGCUGCUCUUCUGACAUCGCGGCUAGGAACCGACUCCGCGGGAGGCUCGAGAUCGAUGUCCAAGGGUACGCUCUGCAGUUCAAAUCCAGGAGUCUGA